CUCCGCCCCCUCCUCCGGUGGUGGUGCCGGGUUGCAGCGCCGGUCGUGGAGGUUUCGGCGCCCGAAGCCGGGAGCGCGGAGUCGUUCCCGGGAGUGCCGGCCAGGCUAUGAUCGCGGGUCCCCGGCGGCCCGCUCCGGCCAACCAGAGUCCCUGUCUCAGCUUGUGCCCGUGCCCGAGCGGUCUCCUCAGCUCGACCCCGCGGCGCAGUUGGCGGCGGCGCCCGCAGUGCGCCCCCUCCUCCGAUGGCGGCAGAGAUCCAGCCCAAGCCGCUGACCCGCAAGCCGAUCCUGCUGCAGCGGGUCGAGGGGUCUCAGGAGGUGGUGAAUAUGGCCGUGAUCGUGCCCAAGGAGGAGGGCGUCAUCAGUGUCUCGGAGGACAGGACUGUUCGUGUGUGGUUAAAGAGAGACAGUGGACAAUAUUGGCCAAGCAUAUACCAUGUGAUGCCUUCUCCAUGUUCAUGCAUGUCUUUUAACCCGGAAACAAGAAGACUGUCCAUAGGUCUAGACAAUGGUACAAUCUCAGAGUUUCUUCUAUCAGAAGAUUAUAACAAGAUGACUCCUGUGAAAAACUAUCAAGCGCAUCAGAGCAGAGUGACGAUGAUCCUGUUUGUCCUGGAGCUGGAGUGGGUGCUGAGCACGGGACAGGACAAGCAAUUUGCCUGGCACUGCUCUGAGAGUGGGCAACGCCUGGGAGGUUAUCGCACCAGUGCUGUGGCCUCAGGCCUGCAAUUUGAUGUUGAAACCCGGCACGUGUUUAUUGGUGACCACUCAGGCCAAGUAACCAUCCUCAAACUGGAGCAAGAAAACUGCACCCUGGUCACAACAUUCAGAGGACAUACAGGUGGGGUGACUGCUCUCUGUUGGGACCCCGUCCAGCGGGUGUUGUUCUCGGGGAGCUCCGACCACUCUGUCAUCAUGUGGGACAUCGGUGGGAGAAAAGGAACAGCCAUCGAGCUCCAAGGACAUAGUGACAGAGUCCAGGCCCUGUCCUACGCACAGCACACGCGGCAGCUCAUCUCCUGUGGUGGUGACGGUGGGAUUGUCGUCUGGAACAUGGACGUGGAGAGGCAGGAGACCCCUGAAUGGUUGGACAGUGAUUCCUGCCAAAAGUGCGAUCAGCCUUUCUUUUGGAACUUCAAGCAGAUGUGGGACAGCAAGAAAAUUGGCCUGAGACAGCACCACUGCCGGAAGUGCGGGAAGGCCGUCUGCGGCAAGUGCAGCUCCAAGCGCUCCUCCAUCCCUCUGAUGGGCUUCGAGUUUGAAGUGAGGGUGUGUGACAGCUGCCACGAGGCCAUCACCGACGAGGAACGUGCACCCACGGCGACCUUCCAUGACAGUAAACAUAACAUCGUGCAUGUGCAUUUUGAUGCCACCAGAGGAUGGUUACUGACUUCGGGAACUGACAAGGUUAUUAAGUUGUGGGAUAUGACCCCGGUUGUGUCUUGAUGCCCCUUCCAGGCACCAGAAAGAUAGUAUUUACUCAAGAAACGGUUGUUCUAACCUAAAUCAUGACUGGAGCUGUAAAGCAGAUGCGUGAGUGGUGGGAGAGAAGCUGAAGAGCUGAGCUGAGCUUGCGUGUGACCCGCACACACGGCGGUGAGCGGUCGGGGAGCUCUUGCGAGGGAACUCUUGCAACUUGUUCAUACGAUAUAAAAGAGGAUAUUUUUUUAACAAGUGGUUUAUACAGUCUGGCUGUGCUACCUUGUUUUGAGUAUACUGCAAACUCAGUGUGGGGUGUUUUAAGUUUUAUAUUUUUCACCACUUCGUUUUAGUUGUUGCUUUGUGUGUCGGAGAAAUGAGGCGUGUAUAACCGUUCAGGGUGUUUUCGGUAGUUAUAGUUUCCGUGUUUCCUUCACUUGGACACAUAUCUUGUGGUCGGCAUCUUUUCCUUCUCUAUGUAUCCACCCUCAGCUUCAUCGGCUGUUCCCGAGUGUACGUAUUCACAGUUUAUUUGCAGUGUUUCUGCUUUCGUAGAAAUCCCCUCCCAUUGAGAGACCUGGAAAACCAUUCACGUGGAUUUCCCAGCUGACUCUUGAAUCGCCUGAGAGUUAUCUGUUUGUGAUAUCUAGGUCGUACAUGUUCUCAUGGAGUGGAAAUGACCUUGUGUUUCUGCCUCAGUUUUUCUCUGUCUUUCCUGCAUUAAAAACAAAUGUUGUGAGAAAGCCACUCGCAGCCACAAAGUAGAUUAUCAUAACUCAGGCCUUCAACUCUCAGUGCCUGGAUCAUUUCUAAUUCAGCUGGAGCUUUCUGAGCCUUUUAGGUUUUAGUCUUAUUGACACAGCUCCCUGUCGCUCUUCAUAUUAAACACAAAACAACAAAACCCUGUGUCCUUCAAGAAUAGUGUCUUUAAAAUGCGUUGUUCUAUGUGAUGUCACCUCUGAACUUGAACAUGUUCAUUGCUGCGAGGUUGUAUCCUGCUUUAUUCCUCACCGUAUUUUCUUCUUUCAAAACGAGAUACUUAAAGAUUUUUAUCUUCAUGUAUUUUAUGAGAACACUUUGCACACUUUCAUACUAAAAUUGUGUGAUCUGAGACAUAAAAGGUACUGAAUCCUACAGUUCAUGCUGUGUUCCAGUUGGGAAUGUAAAAAAAAAAAAGGGGGGGACAGGGGGACGCUUUAGGAGAUGAAUCUAAACUCUAAUUUUAAGGGAAUCCACUCAAACUUGAUAAAUUGAGAUAUUCUUGUGUGUAGUGACUCAACUUGGGAUAUUGAAGUUCUUUUUUAAAAUCUUAUUUUUGGGGGCUUCCCUGGUGGCACAGUGGUUGAGAGUCCCCCUGCCGAUGCAGGGGACGCGGGUUCGUGCCCUGGUCCAGGAGGAUCCCACAUGCCGCGGAGCGGCUGUGCCCGUGAGCCAUGGCCGCUGAGCCUGCAUGUCCGGAGCCUGUGCUCCGCAGCGGGAGAGGCCAUGGCAGUGAGAGGCCCGCGUAUUGCAAAGAAAAAAAAAAAAUCUUAUUUUCAUUUGUAAAAAUAGAAUUGAUAUUAGCAGCAGGCAUGAGCUAUGUGCUCGCCCCGUUCUAAGCACUUUACACAAGUGCCACCUCAUUCAGCCCUCACCUGUCAGGAGCAUUGGGGGAUCCCCGGGUCCUUGGGGUUCAUCAGGUUAAUUAAGCAGAGCCUCACAGUUAAACAGGCCAAUUACUUGCCCUUCCCUAUCUGAGCCCUACCUCCACAGGAUCUUGUUCUCUUUUGAUCUGACAAUUUGGGGUGGUAGUAGUUGAAGUCCUAUUUUUUUUCCUCUUUUCCUGAAAGUAAUUUUUCCCCCUCGUGAUCAUUAAUUUUCUUUCUAACUGGGAGAAGGCCUCCCAGCCAUACUUGGAUUAUCCCUCCCCCAACACUGACCAAGUGUGCUUCCGGGGGACGGGCUUCCUCGAGAUGAUUCUGCUGCUGCAGCUUUGGGAAGCAGGACAGUGGGUGUGCCCCAUGCAGCCAUGGUACGUGACAGCCAUGACCUGGGACAUCAGGGCAGAUGGGCCCAUGUGACCAUACUCUAAGGUUGUGUACACACACACACACACACACAGCAAUUACCACUUAUCACUUAACUGCCACUUCCACACAAUCCUUGCUUGCCAUCAGCCAAAGCCAUUAUAACUAACUUGAGUCUCUUCUGCAUGACUGCUCUGUGAGAGAGCUUUAAAAAGGGAAUUUAAAAUACUCAAAUAUUGGGCUUCCCUGGUGGCGCAGUGGUUGAGAGUCCGCCUGCCGAUGCGGGGGACACGGGUUCGUGCCCCGGUCCGGGAAGAUCCCACAUGCCGCGGAGCAGCUGGGCCCGUGAGCCAUGGCCGCUGAGCCUGCGCGUCCGGAGCCUGUGCUCCGCAACGGGAGAGGCCACAACAGUGAGAGGCCCGCGUACCACAAAAAAACAAAAAAACUCAUAUCUAUUUUGUAGUUUACUACUAGAACCUGGAGCCACUUAACUAAGUUGUACGUAAUAAAGGACUGUGUGUUGGAAAUGAGUUGUAGGAAAGAAUCGCUGUUUUCCCUUCCUGAACUUUGGAGCCCGGCCUGUGUAUAGAGAGGCAAGCACAGCGAUAGGGAGACGGUGGAUCAGGAGCGCGGCAGACCUGACGUGGAUCUGAGUUGGGUCUCGAUGAGCUCAGACCCCACUGGGAAAGCUGAUUGUCUCCUUUGGACCACAUGUGACACCGUGGUCCCUCUGGUCUGUGACCCUGCACUUCAGUCCAGCCAUCUCCCUCCCAGCCUGUCUGUAUCCCAGCCCACAGGGCCACUCAGAGGUUGAAACCACUGGACACCUCGUUGGUGACGAGAGUCACGAUCAGUAACCACAGAUAUGUCAAGGUAUCCGUUGCCCUGCCUUUUCCUUUCUCCUCAUUUGUGUAGGUGCUUGAACUUGGUGAGAAGCGCUUAGCACGCCAACUGUGUGUGUCUAUAAUACUGUGAAUUCUUGAGUAUUACAUUAUCUCCACCAUUUUUGUAACUCGUAGAUAUGUGUUGGUGUCGGGGUGCCUUCCAAGCAUUUUUAUGGAAUAGAGGCUUCAUUCAUUAGGAGUGGGAGCUGGUGCCAGCGCUUGGCUUUUCUCCUGUCUGGGUUAACUCUCAUAGUUCUUGUUUUACCCCACUGGAAUUGCACUUUAUAUAUAUUUUUUGCUCUGUUACUUCAACAUACAGAAGCUCUGGCAAGUAAAGCCUAACAGGAUUAUGCUGGGAAAGUGGCAAACCCGCACAUACCGUGCACGUGGCUGUCCUUCAUUUGGUAGGAUAGAACCAAUCACAUGCUCUCAGUUUCUCCAAAGAAAUGAUGUUACUGGAACCUUUAACUGCCUGGGUUGUCUCCACAGUAGCACAAGUGGUUGUAGAUUAAGUACUUGGAGUCAUGUGUCUUUUUAUCUGAGGUCAAUCAACCAUGAUGUAUUUCUUACUGGAUUGUUUGAAUUAUUCAAAGAAUCAUAAAAUCACAAAACUGGAAGGGAUCUUCAGACAUCUAGAAUGUUCCAAGCACAAAACACUAUAGUCACACCAGGCAGUUAGAGAUCGCAGAGGUAUCAACAAGGGAAACCUGAAAGAAUUUUCGAGGAACAGUUGUUUUAGAACAUUAACUGGUAAUGGCGUGAGGGGGAACAAUGACUUCCAGCCUCGAGGCAGGGAGCUCUGGGAGCUGGGUCUGUUCCUCUCAUUGUAGGCACAGCCUUUGGCCCCAGGCUGUGGUUCCAAGCGGAUGGGUAUGUGCAGUGAGGUAGUUCCUGCAGGUCUCCAUCAGCAUAAACUCCUUCCUACACUCUUCCCCACAGACCACCCCAGCUACAGAGUUUAAGUGGAAAUCCAGGGGCACUGAAAGCCCACCUCACCCUCCGUGUGUGGGUUGGCGCUGAGCCAGUCUCUUCAUUGACCUUCUUAUGGAACAUUGCCUUUCUUUUCCUGUUUUAAGAUUCAUUUUUUCAAAAGCAGAAUUUAUUUUUUUCUUAACAUUAAUCAGUUUUUAACGCCUGAAUUUUGCCUUUUAAGCAAGGAACUAGAUCUAAACUAUGUUAUCAAAGUUACUGGACAUAAAUAUCCAUUAAAUGACAUUCCUUUGGUUUGGCCUUUUCAUAGUAGUUUAAUUGUAUGUAAGUGACCUUGUCCACGAAGAUUUAUAUUUUAAAGUGAAGGAAAGCAUUUUGCCAAAAACAUUCUUUUUUUCCUCUCCUUUAAAACAAAGUUAUGUUUUUCUGGAUGUGCCUAUCUAGUGCCUAUCUAGUGCCUAUCUAGCGACAUGAUUGGGAAACAGAGAUUAAGUCCAUCUUGAGCACUGAGGGAUCUAGAUGACCCUUGAGACUCCAAUUCUCGUCCAGUCCAACCCUUUGUUGAGUGUCCACCACACUCCAGGCUUUGAACCAGGCCCGGGGUCACGAGGUCCAUCCUGUGGCCUAGAUGGAUCAUUUCAGUGCCAGGUGGUAAAUCCAGUGACAGAGGGCUGUGGGGUCCUGUUUCAGGAGCUGCGCAGGUGCUCCUACCCGCACGGGUGGAGCCAGGGGACCUUGCUGAGGAAAGGGCUUCUGAGCUGAGAGUUAAAGGAUGAGUUGUUGUGAGCCCAGGCUGUGGGAGCAGCGUAAACAAAGGCCCAGGACCUGCAUCAGCCUGGUGCUCGGGGCCCACAGGCGGUUUGGAGCUGCCAGAGAACAUCAAGUGCACAACUGCAGUCCUGGAGCCUGAGCUCUUGUCACCGUGAGACGCAGAUGCCGUGGCCACAGAGAGAGGCAGCACAUGGUUCACCACGCACCUCUACCCAGAGAGUCAAGUUUCCCUGCAGCUGAGGCUGGUAUCAAAGUUUCUUUUCCUUUGGAAAUACCUGGAGUUAUUAUCCUAAAAUGACCCCUGGUAACUAAUUUUUCACUGGAGGCUGUGAGGUGGGGCUGGAGACCACUGCUUGCACAGACUUGGCCUGGAUGAGCUUAUGGCAUACUGAUUCCGCUAUUACCUGGGGGCCCAGGUUAGGAGCUCCCCUUUGAAAAAGGACAGGCCUUGACCUGUGGAGGAGGUUGUUCUGGACAGCGGUGGCACUGCACCCACACGGCCUUCCCAUGAGCAAGCAGGCCACUGCUGCCCUCAUUUCCCUCUGGCUUUGAAUCGUUCUUGCAAGUAAUGGUCAUUUCAGCACAAUGUGGUAAAUGUGAUAAAUCCUCAUCGCAGUGGCACUCGCCAAGCGGAAGGGAAUGUUUUUCUCAAUUCGGCGACAGUAAAAGAGCUCAGGCAGCCACCGCCCUGGAGACCCGACUCUACCGAGCAGGGGCAUCCCGGCGUCCCACCGCGGGCCUCGGUACUUCCAGGUACUGAUACUUGUAUUCCAUCCACUUGCCUUUAUCCUUCAGUGCCCAAGUAUCAUGUGUCCGUAACUUAAUUCAGGGACAUCCAUGUUUUUAGUUUGUAAUUUUGCCUUUAAACAUUAUCCUUUCCACCAAGAAGCCUGUUUAGGCCAAACACAAGAAAGCAGGGUGUAAAAUUAGAUCUGUCCAACACUGGAAUGGGAUUCCUCUUUUGUGUUUCUUUUGCCAGGGAAUUUUGGAACAGACAGUAUGUAGCCCCUUGUCUAUUUAUAGUGGAAUAGAUGUGGAAAGGAGAUUAAAAGCCUUGAGUAGAAGUUGAAUUCAAUGAUUGUUCCUAAGAUCCCUUCCAAUCCGUGAUCCUAUGAUUCCAUGACUGUUAUUACUAAACUGACCUAACCAUUACCAGUGACCCGCCUGCACGUGGCUGACUUCACUCAGGUAAACGGGAGCAUAUCCCACUGCCUUUGUCUUGUGUCACAUCAAGUAAACUGCUUCCAGUAUUUUCCCGUCUAGAGCCCAGGAGGUCUGAAAAAGAUGGUGAAGGUGCAAGUCAAUCAUAGUACCAUCUCAUUAAAAACAAAUACCUCAAUAUGUUCACCUUCGUGAGUGUACAGAAAUGUAUCUGACUUUCUUGGGAGAGAAGGGGAAUUGCAGGUCGGCUUAAAGGUUAGUUUUAGAAUGUGACUUUGAUAUUUAGGAUCCUUUCUCCUUUUUAUCCCCCUUGGUUCUCUGGGAAGCAUGAGCGGGUAAACUGUAACACAAAAAGGAGAAAUGGUUUGAAAAAAAUAUUUCACUUAUACACUUUUUCUUUCAUUGAAAUGGAUGGCUGCCUUAUGUUAGUAGCAUAUGAAGUAUGGACCAAAAUACUUGUGUCGCUGGUAACCACUGUAUACUUACAUAUUUGUGUUUUACGCCAUCUGCUUUUUUUCCAAAUGUACUGUCAUUUUGCAGAAGAAAAUCUUUAUAUGAAAAGUCCAAAAACUGUUACUAACUGGACAACCGGGAAGGUGCUAGCCCCACAUUCGUGCCUGCCUGCCACUGUCUCCACAACAGGGGACACAGACGCUUCCACCCUGCACGCCCACCAGUCUACAGCCACGUUGGAACCUGGCUGCAGCGGGCGUGUUGCUUUAUGGAUGUCUUUUUCUUUCUUUUUGAAAUGAGAUUCUCCAAGGGGUCAGGCUGAAAAUGUAAUAAGCCCAAAGCUGGAAGAGAUUUAUCAAAUGUGGUUCUAGCCAAACCCUGCUGGCAUUGCCAUGGCCUCUGCCACUAGAUUUCCCCCAACCAGACCAAGCAGUCUUGACAUUGACUUCCUGAAUGUGAUUAGGUGGGAAUAAGCAGGGAUUUCCCACGAUGUUAAAUGUAUCCAGUUCUCCAUUCAAAUGCUGCUGAAUGUCGUGAACGUUUCUGAACUCUGCUCACUUUCCCACUGUGCUUCCCGCUAACCAAAAUGAAUGUGUAGCCAUGACCAAUGUCAAAGACUCAAUGCAAGCUACCGCCACGGUUUAAAAUAAAUCUCUGGAAACCUUCCUGCA